AUGACCAAAAAAAUCCAUGGGGAAGACGAGCAUGACCCUCGAACGGCAGUGACGGCAUCUUUUACUUCAUCUUCUGCUUCUGCAACAACUUCAACAGCAGCAGCAACAACAGCGGCAGCACCGCGGGUCAAGAAGAAUGCCUUUGUCAGCAAAUUAUUCACCAUGUUGAGUGAUCCAAAUUUGAACAGUCUAAUAUGGUGGAGCACAAAUAAUCCAGAACAAAAUACAUUUUCACUUUACCCAGGUAAAGAGUUUGCUCAUUGUCUAACGCGAUAUUUCAAGCAUGGCAACGUUGCCAGUUUUGUUCGACAAUUGCAUAUGUAUGGCUUUCAUAAAGUAAGCGACUCCAACAACUCCAACAAUAACGCCAAUAAUCCUCAUAAUCACGGGCCUGGUCUCAAUGAUCCAUACGGACAAGCUAUAGACCCUCUGGACCCCACUGCGUACCUCGAUAAAGAUGUUCCUCCCAUUUGGGAGUUUAAACACCUGAGUGGCAAGUUUAAAAAAGACGAUGAGUCUUCACUAAUUUAUAUAAAGAGGAGAUCAAGCUCACAUAGCUCAUCAAGAAAUAAUAGCUACCCACUGGACAAACCGACAUCAUCGUCUUUUCUGCGUAACAACUCGCACCUGCAGCUGCAACAGCAAGUGCCGCAGCUACAAUAUGGUGUGCAAGAGUAUCCUCAGCAGUAUCCUCCAAGCAAUGGAUACCCACAGCCGCAGUUGUUUGGAUAUAUGGAUUCUCAUGCUCAGCAAGCGUUUCAUUACCAGCAACAUCAGGCACAGCCUCCGCAUCAUCAAUUACAAUAUGGCCAUCAGCCUGCAUCUCAGCCGCAGCCUCAACACCGACAUCAAUCCCAGCCGCAACUUCAGCCGCAAACCCUGUCUCAGUCUCAACCACAGCCAAUCCCUUUUGGGCAAGGCUUGCCUAUUUAUAACCAACCAUAUGUAUAUCAGGAGGAAAACAAGCAACAACAUUUAGGAUACCCGAAUCACCAGCAUCCGCUAUCGUAUUUGCAACAUCAACCAGAACAGUUUGCUCAUUUCCCACCACACUUCAGAGGCUCUUAUCCUUUGGAGCAGUCGCAUGAUCGUUUACAAAACCCUCAGCGAACAAACUCGGAACCGCAACAUCGGUUGAGCCUGUAUCCUCAACAUGCAAGCCAACCUCAAUUUUACCAAGUCCAACGGCCACAUGUAAAUUCACCCAUGGGAAUGAUUCAAAAUCAAAGUCAACUGCAACUGCGACUGCAACAACCACUGCAAAUGACCUCCUCGUCAUCACUUGCGUCGACCUCUUUUCCACAUACGUCUCGAAAUACUCCUAGUGAUGCGUCACCUAAGAAGAUGCUGAUCCUUCGUGGAUCGAGUAUUGUUGAACCAGAAACUACUCGCAAAAAGUCACCCUUGAGUAGUUCGGGUUUCCAAUUUAGAAAAGUGUGGGAUCAAGGAGGCGCAAGGCCCCGGAACCCUUCGGUGCUUUUCGAUCCAUUGGCUCCCGCUUCACAAGUGGCAGCAUCAUCGAGAGGUACGCCUUCUCCAAAACCAGCAAUGUCACAAGACGCAUCGGCAAUUUCACCCGUGCUGAAACUAUCCCAGCUAUUGCGGCCACCACCUUCCACCAUCCAUAGACCGAGCUCAGCCACUACAAUUUCGUCUUCGUUAUCCUCACAAUCAACCAUUCUUGCGUCCCCUCCACCAGCACCUGCUGGUGCUGGUACUGGUACUGCCACUACUGCUGCCACUUAUUCUCAUUUUCAUCCCCCUCUUCCUGGAUUGGGACUCGACUCACGCCAGAGCUCCAUUGUUGCGCCAAUACCACAACAUCGCAUCAGGUCAAGCGUGUCUCAGAGAAGUGCAGAAUCAAACCUGUUGCCACCGGUUUCGGCAUCUGCUCCAAUCACAUAUUUACCUUCGAUGAAUCCGUCACUGCAAGAGACCACCACGGCAACAUCUGCUAAAUCAACUACAUCGAGAUCUAGUUCGCCGUUGCAGUCGAAUGUUGUGAAAAAGUCCUCGAUACAAUCCAUUCAUGAGAGAUUGCGUCCCUCGGUGUUUGAACUCCACUCGGGUGGAAGUAAAUAUAGUCCCACGACGCACAUUGGAUAUGCAAGAGGAAGCAGCAACAGUAGCAGUAGUGGUGUUGCUGGUGGUAUUGGUGGAAUUGGUGGUGGCACUGGUAUCGGUGCUGCUGCUGUAGGUGGUGUUGUUGGUGCUGGUGCUGGCGCAGCUGGCGCUGGUGGUGCUGGUAGUGCUGUUGGAAGUGGUGGUUACAAUGGGCUGUUGGGUAAUAUUGCGUUUGCAACAGCUUCAAACUCAAUAGCCUCGCAAUCUUCACACGGCUCGAUUUUCUCCUCGGCCAAGUCAUCGAUAUCUUCAUUCCAUUCGAAUUCAUUAUCGUCGGCACGCAAUUCCUCAUUUGGAUCGAUUGCGUUUUCGAGCAAUAGUUCGUUUUCACUUGGCCCGCUUGAGCAUUUGUCAAGUAAGCAAAUUGGAGGUUCUAUGGAAGACGUUUCAGGUACGCCGCUGCAGUCACCGACGAGAACACAUCCAAUACCGGAACACCUGCUGAACUUGAAUCGCCACGUGCAGCUGACUCAAAGACCAAAGACACCCAACCAGAAUCGUCCCAACUCACCGUUUGGUCAUCUUGCUCGUAGUCUGAGUGGACCCAUUCCUGCAUCAUUGAGCAUGCUCACGCUGGGCAACAACAAUAGGCCCAACAAGAAAGUGUCUGUCACUUCAUUGCUAGAUGAUUCUCAGGCGAAUGCCGGAUUGGAGGAGAAAAAUAACAAGAGCAAGAAGAAGAGAGAAGAUGAUGAAGCUGCGACCUCUGCUGCUGCUGCUGCAGGAGCAGCACCGGGGGUUGCUACGCCUCAGCAAACUCAUCUCGCACCUCAGCGGCCGCUUUAUUUAUCAUCGCUGAUUCGUGAAGAACGCAGCUCUCAAUCAAGUAACGAGAGUGGGGUUGAAACUGAUGUACCUGAACAGAAGGGAGACGCAAAUGAGGAAGACAUGAGUGAGGAAGAUGCAAACAAAAGAAGAAAAAUCGAGUGA